AUGCCUUCCUGGAACAACGAGGAAACGAGCUCGGAGGAGGAGUGCGAGGUCGUCAGCAUGGACAUGGGACUUAUGGAUUCUUGUUCAAUAGUGAGGCUGGGGUUUGAUUUGCAGAUUGAAACUAGUGUUUGCUGGUUAUUUUGGUUGCAGGAGGAACCAGACACCACUGUGGAGCCCCUUUUCUGUGGCCAACUUGAGCUUGCUCAUCCCAAGUGCAUUCUGCAUCAAUUGAGGCCUAUUAAGCGUGUUGCUUUUGAAGGGCCUGUAACAGGAAGGCGUUUCUAUGGCUGCCCAGUCCAGGAAAAUGGUGUGAAUUGUGGUGUUGUAGAGUGGGUUGAUGGGCCUUGGCCAACUGUUCUUCAAAGAUGUCUGUGCAAGCUAUGGGAGAUGUUCCAUGAGCAGAACUUUGGAAGGGUACAGGACAAGCAGAAGUUUGAGAAGGAGUUGGCCAGGCUUAAGAGUGAACAUGAAAGGGAGUUGGCCAAGCUUAGGACUGAAAAUGACAAGCUUUGCAUUGAGUACACCAAGCUUGUUGAUGAUGUAUCCAAGAUGUUUGAUUGGCAGGAUGGUAGGGUGGACAAGAAGGUGUACCAGAAACAAGUGGAGGAGGAAGAACUUGAGAAGAAGAAGAAGGAGCUAGAGGAGAAAGCUAUGUUGGAGGUGCAGAUGGAAAAGCUCAAACUUGCAAAAGAGCAGAGGUGCAUUUUGCAGAGCCAAGCUGAUAUCAUCAAGAACACCAGGAAGGCUAUGAAGGCUGUUGAAGUUGACAGAGAUGUUCUUAAGAAGGAGAAGGCAAAGCUUGAGCUUGUUGUUGCUGAGCUGCUGAAAGAAGGGUAUGGCAGCAAGGAGAAGUUAGAGCAAAUCAAGGCCAUCCUUGAGUCUUGAACUUGUUGUGAUAUGUUGGUGAAGUAAGUACAUCCAAAGGCCUUUAUAUAAGGAUGUGGCCUGGCAUGACUGCAAGUGAUUAUGGGUGUACAUUUUGGGGGAAUGUGAAGUUUAACCUAGUGUAAGAACCUUAUUUCCUAUGUUGUUAAGUUGUAAUGGAUCACCUAUGCUAUUAAGUGUUGUAAUGGAUCUCCUAUGCUAUUAAGUAGUGGAAAUGGAUCUCUGAUGCUACUAAGUUGUGGAAAUGGAUCUUGUAUGCUAUUAAGUGUUC